UCAAACUUUUAUUUUUAUUUUAGUCAACUCACAUGGCUGCCGCAUCCACACGAUGGAGGCACCCUUCUUCUCUUUAUUAUUACAGGAGACAGACACAAGCUUCAUUCGGAAACUCCGAUGAAAUGAAGAACAUAACAACCUUCACUUCGACGACGACAACAAGAACAACAAUGGACCCCAGAAUCUGGAGCAAACUACCUCCUGAUGUUGUGGAACACAUACUUCUGUUACUCCCUCUCAAGACUCUCUUGAAUCUCAGACCCACUUGCAAGGCCUUCUCCUCUCUUCUCUUCUCUCCUUCCUUUGUCUCCAAACACUCAUCAUCAUCAUCUUCUUCUUCUUCUUCUUCCUCACCCUUCUCUUCCUUUCUCUUACUCUCACACCCUCAGUGCCCUCUCUACUUCCGUCUCUACGAUUCCAACCUUUCCUCUUGGCUCACCAUCUCUCCCUCUCUCCCUUUCUCUUCUUCCUUCUCUCUCGCAUCCUCCUCCGGUGGCCUUUUCUGUCUCCUCAACCCCUCUUCCUCUUCCUUUCUCGUAUGUAACCUCUUUGCCAAGUCCUCCAGAACCAUCCCAUCCCCAACUCAUUCUCUUCACUUCACCCACCUCUCUUUUCUCACCACCCCUCUCACCUACAACUUAGUGCUCCUUUCUUCAAACUCCGCCUUUGUCUAUAACUCCGGCCACCACUGCUGGAGGCGCUUCCAGGGAUUUCAUGCUUUCCUCAACGACAGUUGCCUCCAGCAGGGUACUUUCUUCCACGGCGGCCUCUACUUCACCACCCCGGAACCGUUUUCCGUGGUGCGUUUCGAUUUGGAAAGUGGCAAGUGGGAGAGCCACGUGGCUGAGUUGCCCCCACAACUCACUUUCCUGAGGCUGGUCAGUGAUGACGACGGAGAGGGGAAACUAUAUCUGGUUGGUGGUGUUGGAACCGAUGGGAUCUCCAGAAGUAUCAGGCUUUGGGAAUUAACGAGUGAAGGGGUUUGGGUGGAAGUGGUGGCGUUGCCUGAGAUUAUGUGCAGAAAAUUUGUGUCGGUUUGUUACCAUAACUAUGAACAUGUUUAUUGCUUCUGGCAUGAGGGUAUGAUCUGUGUCUGCUGUUACAUGUGGCCGGAGAUAUUGUACUACAGUGUUUCCAGAAGGAGUUGGGAUUGGCUUCCCAAGUGUCCCUAUUUGCCUCUGAAGUGUAGCUGUGGUUUCAAGUGGUUUUCUUUUGUUCCGAAGCUCUAUGCUUCCGUCUGAGUUAUCUUGUUGGGUUAUAUGCGGUAGCCAUAGUUGUUGGAUUCGAUGCUUUGUUUAUUUGUGUUGUCAUGAACUCACUGUUGUUGUGAAUGUAUGAUAAUAAUGAUGAAGAUGAUGAUGAUGAUGCAUUUAAGUGUUUUGUGAUAACUUUGGGAA